UCCAACUCCAUUGCAGAGAAGAAUCAACAAAAUAUAUAUUUUGUUCGAAGCUGAUUCUGUUCGGUUAACCUCAAAACAAAGCAGUAGAAGAAAUUGAAAAACAUGGGAAGAGACCUAAUUUCCACAGUGGGUAUUGCAUUCUUAACCUAUUUACUUACAGUUUCUACCGUUGAUUCAGUAGAAGACUCAAAAAUUUAUCAAGUCACAGAAAAACAAAAUUUGAAUAGAAAAUUCAUUGAAGAUAAUAGGAUUCAUUUAGGUACUGCAACAGAGAAGAAUUUCCAAAUGUUUAUGAGAGAUUAUGGUAAAGAAUACUCAACAAGAGAAGAAUAUAUACAUAGACUAGGUGUUUUUGCAAAGAAUAUGAUUAGAGCUGCAGAACAUCAAGCUUUAGAUCCUACUGCUAUUCAUGGCGUUACACCCUUUUCUGAUCUCUCUGAAGAUGAAUUCGAAAGAUUAUAUACUGGUUUAAAAAGUGGGUCUCAACCAGAUUCUAAUGAAAUUUCUACUACUGCUUCUACCAUGGAUGUUAAUGGUUUGCCAAAUAAUUUUGAUUGGAGAGAAAAAGGUGCUGUUACUGAUGUCAAGUUGCAGGGGACGUGUGGAUCAUGUUGGGCAUUUAGUACCACAGGAGUGGUGGAAGGAGCAAAUUUCAUAGCAACAGGGAAACUAGUCAGUCUUAGUGAGCAACAACUUGUAGAUUGUGAUCACAAGUGUGAUUUGAAGGAGAAGGAUGCAUGUGACAAUGGGUGUAAAGGAGGACUAAUGACAAAUGCAUACAAGUAUUUGAUUGAAGUUGGUGGACUACAGGAAGAGAAAACAUACCCAUACGUCGGUAAAGCUGGAGAAUGCAAAUUUGAUGCAGAGAAAAUUGCAGUUAGGAUCACGAACUUCACAAAUAUACCUCUUGAUGAGAAUCAAAUAGCAGCACAUUUAGUCCAUCAUGGUCCUCUUGCAGUAGGAUUGAAUGCAGUGUUUAUGCAGACUUACAUAGGUGGGGUUUCAUGUCCACUAAUUUGUGGAAAGAAGUUUAUAAAUCAUGGAGUUUUACUUGUAGGUUAUAGCGAAAGAGGAUAUUCAAUUCUUAGGUUUAGGAACACACCCUAUUGGAUCAUAAAGAAUUCAUGGGGUAAAAGAUGGGGAGAACAUGGUUAUUAUAAGCUUUGCAGAGGACAUGCUGUGUGUGGAAUGAACACAAUGGUAUCCGCAGUAGUAACUGCGGGAUCUUUUUAGUAUUACAGUUAUGUUUUUCUUAAGCCUAGU